AUGGUGUCCUUUAAAGCCCCAAAGCUUUUAAAUUUGAUGAUGUCAAAUUUACUUUUUUUUCCUCUUGUUGAUUAUGCUUUUUUGUGUCAUAUCUUAGAAACCAUUGCCCAAUUUAAGGUCAGGAAGGUUUACGUCUAUGUAUUCUGGUGGCUCAGUGGUAAAGAAUCUACCAGCCAAUGCAGGAGACGCAGGUUAGAUCCUGGGUCGGGAACCCUCUCCGGUAUUUUUGCCUGGAGAAUCCCAUGGACAGAGGAGCCUGGUGGGCCACAGUCACUGGGGUCACAAAGAGUUAGAUACAACUUAGCGACUCAGCAACAAUAA